CCGGCCUCCCAAGUAAACCUAACGAUGGACUGCGAAGACCUCUGCGCGUGCAUGAUGUGCGGCGCCCUCUGCGGUGCCUGCUGCGCCGCCGCCGACGACGAUGACCGCCGCCGCCAGGGCCCCGUCGUCGUCCAGACCGUCCAGCCCGUCAUGGUCGGUGGCCAGUACCCGCAGCAGCAAAUGUAUGACCAGUACGGCAACCCCGUGUACAUGCAGCAAGGCCAGCCCAUGUAUGCCCAGCAAGGCCAGCCCAUGUACGCUCAGCCCGGCCAGCAAAUGUACGCCCAGCCCGGCCAGCAAAUGUACGCCCAGCCCGGCCAGCCUAUGUAUGGUCAGCCGCAGCCGCAGUAUGGCGUGCCGAUGGCGCAGCCUGCCCCGGGCUACCCUGGUGCCAACAAGGUCUAACCAACCUUGUCAUCUUUAACUCAUAUAUAUAUCAUGACCUA